UUUUUAUCUUGUUGCUUAAAUUUGUGCACAGAUCCAACUCCAGAUCCCUAUUACCAGAUACGUCCAUGUACUCAGCUACUAAAGGGAGAUAUUGGAAUCCCCGGGCCACAAGGGCUGAAAGGAGAUCCUGGAAUCAAUGGGGCAAAGGGGGAAAAAGGUGAUCCUGGUGAAAGAGGAGCACAAAGUCCAAAAGCUGCACGGAGCUGCAAGGAGCUGCUGGAUCAGGGGGUGAUAAUGAGCGGUUGGUACACGAUAUACCCGGAUGGCAUGGCGCCCCUGCAUGUGCUGUGUGAUAUGGACACUGAUGGGGGAGGGUGGAUGGUUUUCCAAAGACGCUACGAUGGCUCAGUAGACUUCUACCUUGGCUGGGAUUCCUACAAGAAGGGGUUUGGCAGUCGCCUGUCUGAGUUCUGGUUGGGGAACGAUAAUCUCAGCAAUUUUACAUCAGCAGGAACGUGGGAAAUGAGAGUUGAUCUAAGAGACUUCGAUAACGUACACCUUUAUGCUAAAUACUCAUCUUUCAGGGUUUUACCAGAAUCUGACAAUUACACACUAAUAAUUGGUAAAUAUGUUGCUGGUGACGCAGGAGACUCCAUGAUUUAUUCCAACAACUCAAAAUUCUCCACAAAGGACCGGGAUAAUGAUGUGUAUGAGCUUAGCUGCGCUGACAUCGACCAUGGAGCCUGGUGGUACAAGAGAUGCUAUCAUGCAAACUUGAAUGGAUUUUACCAUCUCGUACAGGACUAUAAUAUAGAUACCAUCUGCUGGCUCACCUAUAAAUCUUAUUAUUCCUUUAAAUUCACUGAGAUGAAAAUGAGGCCUGUAUAAGGCUUCCCAUUCACAGCUGAUUUGGUGCCAUGUGGGAUAUUGUGCAAUUUGGCCACACACCUAGAUAAUACAUUUUACGAACAACAGCUUGUACCGUAUAUCAUAAUCCUGCUACUAUUUGUACAUUUCUACUGGUGUUGACUAUGGGUGCUUUUAGGCUGAAUAUUUGAAGCCUUUGCACUGGUUUUUAUGAGCAGGGAAUAAAUACACUGGAUACAAAGACGGCACAACACAAAGCCACAGGCAAUAACUGUGAUAACUUUAAACAAGGUUGACUUGUAUCCCAUAUCUCUGAGGAAUUAUAGUUUGUCUUCUGAAGUUUUUAAAGAGUUGUCAUUUGUCCCCAAACACUGACAAUGGGUGGCUUCUCAACUAAAUUCCAGAGCAAGGUUGGAAUUAAAGGAACCUAUAUGGUUCCAUUAUACAUUUCCUCUCUAUAGUUCUCCAGUAAAAUUGAUAACUUCCCAAAUGGGUAAUAUUAUUUUAACCAUAGUUGAGAAACUGCUUAUAAUAAGCCCUUUGUCAUUUAUGAGUGUUUCUGUUUUUUACCUUUUUUUAAUACACAAAUAGGUGGUUUCUAAACUUGGAUAAAUAUUAACGUGAUUAGAAUUUGUAUCAAUAUGGAUCUAUGUUUAGCCCAGCAGAGGUCACUGUGAAACUAACAAUUGAAGGAAGUGAUAAAUAUCCCUCUGUAAGCCUAUGAUUAAGGGAGUGCUUCCCAAAACGCGCAAGACGAUGCUGUUGCCCCAAUGUUGCAAUAAACUUCUUCAAAUUUU